UAGUUUAUUAAUUUGUAAUUUUGUCAAAAAAUAUUGAUUUAUUGCGUUGAAUAUUUUCAGCGGUAUGUUAUCAUUAAAACUUAGUUUAAUAAUGUGAUAGGUGCUCAAGAUUAUGUGUAAUAAAAAAGUUCUUGAUCGAUAAAGCGAGUCAAUAGUGUGCAGUGUAUUUGUAAAACAAGGUUUAGCAUUGUUUUUAUUCGUAAUAAGUAUGGGUAACACAAGUAAGAAGUUAGCAGCGAAAUGCACGCUUCUAACAAAAGAUGAACAGAAGUACCUUGCGGCUACGUUCAGGGCGGCCAGCAAGAACUCGGACAAGAUACGAGAGGAGGACCUCAUCGUGAGUGGCAAAUUAGACGCAGUGUUGCUAGAAAGGUUUUGGGGUCCCCAGAUAGACCCGCGGCUGGCGCAGUACCUCACCAACUUCCUGUUCGGGUACGGACCGAACAAGCUGCCGUCCUGCGACUUCAACAGAUUCGCUGAAUUAUACGUGUAUAAUGUUAGAGGUACGUCGGAGGAGCGUAUGAUGGUGGCAUACAACAGUCUUGGUAUGGACUUCAACGAUACUAUUGAGCUGCCCUACCAGCUACUUAGAGAGUAUUGCGAAAGCAUAGCGUCAACGUACAUAAAGGUAUUAAAGUCCGCGUCCUCAAGCCGGGCCAAGACGUGGAUCAACAAGGGGUUCCGGGGCCGCGCGUCGCACGUGCAGGCGCUGGGGGAGGCCAUCGCCGCUAGCGUCGAGGGGGACGCCGACGUCACGCUCAACGCUUGCACCUCCAACCAGCUUAAUAAAUGGCUACAGAUGAACACGUUACUGCGUCAGAUGACGGAGGCGGUGUUCGUGAACCUGUACGGCAUCAACAAGAAGACCGGCGACGAGAGCCCCGGGCCCGUCGCCAGGGCGGAGCCCUGUCUCAUGCCGCUGCCUAUAGGGUUGGACUCGAUGCCGGACUACCCGGCCUUCAUAGACCUGUCGCACAUCGUGUGGCUGAACAGCCACAUCCCGCAGAAGCACCAGGACAAGUGGCGGUUCCUGUUCUCCUCGCACAUACACGGCGAGUCGUUCUCCACCAUGACCGGCCGAAUCCAAGACCAGGGCGCCUCUCUCCUAAUUAUCGAGGAUAACUCGGGCUACAUCUUCGGAGGCUACGCCCCAGCGUCGUGGUCGCUGGGCCCCAACUUCGUGGGCACCGAGGAAUCGUUCCUGUUCACACUCGCGCCCAAGAUGCGCGUCUACCCGGCCACCACGUACAACAACCAUUAUCAGUACAUUAAUCACCAUACUAAGACACUGCCUAAUGGACUGUUAAUGGGUGGCCAAUUUCACUUCGGUGCUAUCUGGGUGAACGGCGACCCGUUCGGCGAGGGAUCGUCGGCCGAGUCCUGCAGUACGUACAAAGGGUACAAGCGGCUCAGCAAGGAGCCCAACUUCCGCAUCAAGAGCCUGGAGGUCUGGGGCGUCGGAGACAAGCCCAUGUCUUUGAAGGAAUCUGACGAAAGAGACCUAAGUGUCCUGGACGUGAACCCUGAAGCCAAGGCAAUCCUGGACAUGGCAGGCCGCACGAGACACAGCGAGGGCAUCCGCGAGCCCCCACCGUUAUAAUGUAAAUACCUAGACUAGACCUAACUCUAAGUGCCGCACUCAAACACAUUUAAUGAUUACUUAACACGUUCACUGCCACCAUUAUUUUUUGAAGUUCAUAGCGAUGUCAAAAUCUAAUGAUUAUAGCGAUGCCGUCCCAUAAUCAUUAGGUUAUUGCUAGCAGAUUAUGUAAUGAGAAUUCCAAAAGGCAAUUUUGGCUAAUUUUCGAAAUAUCACUAAAACAUUUAGGACACGCCUGGCGUGUUCGAUGCGUAGUUAUAGAAAUUAGCAAGAACACGCUUGGCGUGUCGGCGGCAUUGAACGUGUUAAGCCAGUCCUUAGUAAUGGUUUUCAGUACAAAAUCGUUACUAAGGAAUAGUUUAAGUAAUCAUUAAAUGUCUCUGAGUGUGGCAGUAACUAGCCAUAAUUAACUCCUAUAAAGUCUUAUUAUAUGAACCGUGGUUUAUGUCAGUUUUCGUAUAAAGUUUGCUGAUAUAAAGCAAUGUUUAUAGUUUCAUAUAAAAAGUUUUUUUUUUUGUUUUUGUU